AUGGGGUGCAGUGAUCAGCGCAUGAUUUGUCUUCCACCGGAAUAUUGGAAUGAGACCGAACGUUUCUGCACCAGGCUGUCUAGUGCACUAGAGUUAAAAAGCAAUCUGGAUCAUCUUCGUCAAGACGGUCACAUGAACGAUGCUCAGUACUACACGGCAAAACGAAUUGCAGGUUCAGUGCGUUAUUCAACAUUGAACUGGAUUGCUGCAAACCGGGGAGACUAUUCCUUAUUGGCUUCAACCACUACCUUUGAUAUACAACAAACAGUACUGCUGGAGAAUGAUCAGUGGCAAGCGGAAAUGGUCUACUGGCUUUAUACAUCCUUUGCCUAUAUACAACGAAGCAUUCUGAUGUAUGCUGCAAAUUACAAUACUACCUUGAUGUCGAAGCCCACUACGCCAUGGGAGCAGAACAUGUGUUCCAUGCAGCUCCAUCAAUUAUCCCCGGAAUAUAGGUCGUUCAGCUUCCUGGGAGUAGCACUAAUCAUUGGCAUUGGUUCAAUCAUUAUUGUCAUCAACUGGUUUAUCGAUUCUGCAAUCGCACUUAUAUGGCCUCUGGCAAGGCUUGCACCAGAGCAUGGAAUCUGGACAAAAAAGUUCCAGCCACAACGUCUUGCAUUUGAAGGCAAGUCACGGGGAUCAGGGGGCGACUGGACAAUCCCAGAUACGCGAAUUCCACGGACUGUGACAGAAGAAAAGCUUGGUUACUAUGAUGAUUAG